UUAACGACAUCUUGGUAAAAAAAAUGGUGGUGAAAGAUAAACAAGCAGUGAAGUACAAUUUGUUCAGCUGUGUAUGUGCGUGAAAAUCGCUGUUAGCGUAAACAAAAAAACGCAGUUCCCUUGUAACGGAAGCCGAAGACCACAAGAGAGAUCGAAGCAAGAAGAAAUACAAAGAUUUCCAGACAUUUGCUUGAUAUUUACCGAAAACUGGUGCAUAUAACUUCGGCAAUUUGACUAGGAAAAGCAACUGAACGGCCUUUUGAAUAGCUAGCAUCGCUAGCGGGAAGUUAGCUAGCUAGCUACAGAUUUGCUAAGCAGAAGCUCGAGCGGAUUUCCAGGAGCUGAGGGGCCGAGCGAAGGCGACAUUUAAUUUUUGAAUUCUGUUAGUUUUUGGUGGUGUUUUGAGGUGUAAGCGUAUCUGAAACUAGCAGCAAUGGCUUGUGGAGCUACACUGAAGAGGACGAUGGAUUUCGACCCUUUGCUGAGUCCCGGCUCGUCGAAAAGGAGGAGAUGCGCCCCGGUAUCGCAGUCAUCAGCCCCGAGAAAUUACCUGCGUCAUGAGCCGAGUCCUUUCAGCCAGCUCUCAGUCACACUCACAACAGAGCAAAUCCUUCAUAACAUAAAGCAGGAAUAUAAGCGCAUGCAGAAGCGGAAGCAUUUGGAUGGAAGCUUUCAGCAGCCUGAGGCUUGCUCCUCUUUCCUGCCCCAGUCUCACGCCUCUCUCCUGACUGGAUCCACUUUUCCAGAGACAUCCUCUGAAGCUGUUUCACCCACAAGGAGAGAACAGCCACUGUUCACUUUAAAACAGGUCGGCAUGCUUUGUGAACGCCUUUUGAAGGAACGUGAAGAUAAAGUCAGAGAAGAAUAUGAGGAGAUCAUGACGUCCAAGUUGGCAGAACAAUACGACACCUUUGUGAAGUUCACACAUGAUCAAUUAAUGCGGCGAUUUGAGGAACAGCCUGCUAGCUAUGUAUCUUGAGAUCACCAGCACAAUGCCAAGUUGCUGUUUGCUGCAGUUCACUGAGCUGAAUGUCCUCUGAUACCACCACAGACCUGGUUUGAAAUAAAACUGCUCCAGUGUCACUCAUGCUGACAGAGGCUGUCUUUAGAAUUUGUCAGUACAUAUUAUUGUUCCUUGUGAACCUGGGUGCUUCCUCUUGUAAAUGUAUACGGACCUUUUAUGUCUGUUUAUUCUACCAGUGGCCUACUUAUAAUCUGUAUCAUGAGCCUUUUCUUGCAUUCCACAGUGUAUCCAUACAGAUACUGCAAUGCUUUAUUUUCUGGUCAUUUCACAUGUGCAUAGACGUUAGUAUGGAUGGAAAUCCAAAAUGUUGAAUACCUCUUUGCGAGUAUUCCCAGAGUGCUGCACAGCUUACAGUUUAUCCUUCUUAUAAAAAGCUUGAUAGAAAAUGUUUUCACUAGCCAAACCAAGUGCAGCCAGAAGACUAAACUGCACAUCAUUGUGGGUUUUGACUGGGACUCGAUAAAGCUGUUCUGUACUAUACAUUGAGCUCAUGAAGUGUUGCAUCAAUCAGUUAGAGCUUUUUUGUUUCGUUUUGCUUUCCUUUGUAUUUGUAUAGACCUGGGGUGUCAUGUUCCAGUCGUGGAGGGCCGCCGAGUUCAGUGUUUAGAGUUUACCUCAGUUAAGACACACAAUUCAACUCAUUAGCUCAUUACCAGAGCCUUCAUGGGCUGAAUCUGGUGUGGAGGACUCAAGAUUGACACCCUGGUGUACAUGAAAGCAUUUUAUUAAUAAAGACUUGUGUGUACAUAA